CUUGAUAAAAAAUAUAAACAGCUAUUUACUUUUAUGCCAGCGGAUACGUUUAGGAUGUUAAUCUGUGGAAACAGUGGAAGUGGUAAGACUAAUCUGUUGUACCAUAUGUUAAUCGAACCACUGUUGUACUAUGAUGAAAUUUAUCUUUACGCGCGUAAUCUAGAACAGGAUAAGUAUCAAAAGCUAAUUCAAAAAAUGAGGAAGUUAAGUAGUAAACUUGGAUAUGAAAUACUUCAUGUGAGUAACGACGAAAUAACCCCGGUUACAGAAAUGGAUUACGAAGACAAUCAAAAACUUGUAAUAUUUGAUGAUUACGUUUGCGACAAAAACCAGAGACAACUUAUUGAUUAUUUCAUUCAAGGACGACAUAAGAAUUGCUCUGUAAUAUACCUCAGUGAAACUUUUUACCAAAAAUCUAAAGGAUAUUCGGCUAAAUUGCUCUCACUAUUGUUUGUAUGAAUUUCCUUCAUCGAGGGAAGCAAACAGAAUAUCAUCUGAAUUAGGAGUUGACAAAGAGACAUAUAAAGCAGCAACAAAAAAACCAUUUACAUUUCUAUACGUUGAUAAACCUAGAAAACGUAUUGCUAAAAACUUUACUAGUAAUCUAUCCUAA